UCAUCAUCACGGAAAACUGUGGUGACUGGCGAGCAGCUGCAGAGAUGAUGCGCGACACAGAAACGGAGAAAAAAAACAAGGAGAAACCAAGGGAAUGGAGAGAAGGGCCAAGGAAAUGAUGUAACCCCCGGAAAAAAACAUAAUCUGAGAUGCUCCGACGCACCGAGGAACGCAGUGUCCGCCGCGCGCUUUGGAGAUAAAAACGCGAAGCAGCUCGGAUCGUGCAUUGAUCCGGAGAGUCGAGCGAGAGGAGGGAACGGGAGGGGUCGAUCAUGGGGAACGAAGCGAGUCUGGAAGGAGGCGAAGGGCCGCCGUCCGGGCUGCCGGAGGGACUCGCACCUGACGGGAAGGGGGGAUUCGUGCGUGUCUCCGAUGGCGCCCCGGUCAACCUGGCUGAACUCAGCGAGGAGGAGAGGAGGCUGCUCGCCGCGGCGAUGUCAAGGGCGCAGGGCAGGCAGCCUGGAGGCGCAGCGGCUGCGCGAAGACCUUCAGAAUCUGAUGCUCAGCAACGAUCCCCUCAGGCAGGGGCCUCCAGGGGCCCGACAGGUCUCAGUAAGAGCCGAACUGUAGACGCUUUCAACCAGGGUCCCCCUGGCAAGCCUGCACCGGGCCGUAGCCCUUCAUCACUCAGCCUUUUUGAAUCCCGAUUCCGGCAGGAUCCAAAAGACGCUGAGACCAAGUCAUCCGGCAUGUUUGGCUCCAGCUUCCUCAGUGGGGCCAACCCCCUCAGUGCCAUGACGUCCUCCAUGUCCUCGUCCAUAUCCUCUAUGGGCGAUGCUGUCAACAUACCCAAGUUUGGAUUGUUUGGGGAUGAGGAGGAGGGAACUGCAUCUACAGGACCUGAUUCUAAGCAGGGAGGAAAGCCACCAGGGAUGGGCCCUCAGCAGGGGCAAGGUCCAAAGGGGCCACAACAGGGAGGACCCCAGAAAGGUCAAGCCUCUCCUGGGCAGGGGCCAAAGCCGGGUCAAGGACCCAAGCAAGGUCAGGCACCUCCAGGCCAGGGGCCCAAAUCAGGCCAGGGUCCCCCUGGACAAGGACCACCUGGGCAGGCUCCCAGGCAAGGUCAGGGACCACCUGGCCAAGGACCCCUCGGGCAACAGGGCCCCAAACCAGGUCAAGGACCACCAGGUCCUGGUGCCAAACAAGGUGGUCCUCCCCUGCAAAAAAGUGGCCCCCCGCAGCAAGGAACAGGGAAGCCUGGACCCAAGCAGCAAGGGCCACCAGGCCCUGGGGCUCAUCCUGGUGAGCCACCUAAAAGUGGAGGGGGACUCUGUCCUCUGUGUAAGACCACGCAGCUUAACGCUGGAUCAAAGGAGCCUCCAAAUUACAGUAACUGCACGGAGUGUAAAAGCCAGGUCUGCAGCCUCUGUGGGUUCAGCCCUCCAGACUCAGCGGGCAAAGAGUGGCUGUGUCUGAACUGCCAGAUGCAGCGGGCGAUGGGUGGCAUGGAUCCUCCUGGUAUAACGAAGCCCAAACAAGGCUCCACCCCUCCCUCACCUCAGAGACAGGCACCCGGGAAGCCUGGCAAACUGUUGAUAAAGCAGCAGAGUACCAGCGACCAAGCGCUAACACCGCCAACCACGCCAAAGCAGAAAUCCCCAGGUCCUACGUCCCCAGGACCGCUUUCUCCAGGCUCCUCCGUAGGAUCACCAAGAAUUGACCCCAAAACAGGUCGCCCCAUUCAACAGAAAUCGACUCCCCAGCAGUCUCCAGCUAAAGCCAAACAGGAGUCGAGCUUCUUUGGAGGGUUAGGUGGUAUCAGUUUGGGAGGCCUGACGGAUGCAGCUAAACCUCCUGCAGCUGCUUCUCAAGGUACCGAGUCUGUGACGGGGAAACUCUUUGGCGGUUUUGGUGGUUUGAUGGAAUCGUCAAAGCCACAAGAAAAGGCUCCACCGAAGCAGGAGGAGUCGGUGGCUGGGAAGUUGUUUGGAGGUUUUGGAGGGUUGACAGAAACCAAGUCCCCAGCUGCUGCUUCUCAGAUGUUCAGCUUCGGAUCAUCCUUCCUGAGCUCAGCGACUAGUCUUGUCACCGGAGAAGACGCAAAGGCGGAGGAUUCUCCUCCAGACUCCCCUGCCGACUCUGGACCAGGUUCACCUCCUGACUCCCCCUUCUCAGCCCCCGGAUCGCCCCCUGAUUCUGAUUCUGCUCCUGACACCCCACCAGCCAAAUCCAAGAAACCUCCCAGAACCUUGUCUGUGGAGCAGAAGGUCCCAGAAGCCCCAGCCUCAACAACCAAGGAAAGCUGCCCUCUGUGUAAUGUGGAGCUGAACAUUGGCUCAUCAGAAGCACCAAACCACAGCUUCUGCACCGAGUGCAAGAAGACGGUGUGCAAUCUGUGUGGAUUCAAUCCUACACCCCACUUAGGAGAGAAAGAAUGGCUUUGCCUCAACUGCCAGACACAAAGAGCCAUGUCAGGCCAGCUGGGAGACGUGCCACCUGCCUCCAUGGCAUCCCCAAAGGAGCAGCCACAGGCUCCCACUCCUACACCCUCUACCACCCCUGCCCCUGCUGCUGUAGAUAGCAAACCUGUAGUAGCAGCAGAACAAACCCCACCAGUUCCUGAGUCCAAGUUAAAAACACUGGAGCCUGGAGAAAAACAAAUGGCUCCGACGGCGGGCAGUCCCACCAGCCCGUCAGACAUAGCGAAGCUGGAAAAUACAGUCCUUCCCAUUCUCGAGGCAAAGACAAGCACCCAACCCAAGGAUGAGGAAGAAAAACUAACAAACACUCUCAAGACGAGACGUAAAAUAGAGGUGGUUCCUCUCUCGCCUGACUCACCCAGCUCAGAAGAUGACAGGGAACUUUUUGAGAAGAAUACCAAAGCUACUACAAAGAAAAAGCUCCUUGUGCCCAUGGAUUUAAAAGCAGAUUCUUUGGACGACAGUAGUGAAAGCUACGAAAAAGGAAGUCCACUGUCGGGGGACGAUGAGGAAUUUAUCCGAAAACAGAUCAUAGAAAUGAGCGAGAAUGAGGACGCUUCCCCCUCUGACGAAGAAAACCUGAUCCGACGAAAGAUCAGAGAGAAUGAAAAGAAACAAAUGGAACAGGAGAAAACAGAGUCUGUAGAAAGGAGCGCAUCAGGAAAAGCCAGACGACUUACCAAGAAAAGCAGUAUCAGUCCUGAUGAUGGAGAAGACAAGAAACUCAUUGGUUUAUUGGAGAAAACAGAUGGACCAGAGAUAAAAGUGGAGGAAAAUCAAAGGGGUACGGCAGUUCGCAAAUUCCAAAAUAUGGAGCUAAAUGCAACCAGUGAAACUACUGAAAGAGAGCCUGAAAUGGAAUGCCUCACAGACUCUCCAGAUGAUAGGUCCAGGGGUGAUGGGUCAUCCAGUCUACAUGCAUCUAGCUUCACACCUGGGACAUCCCCAACAUCCAUGUCAUCACUGGAUGAAGACAGUGACAGCAGCAGUCCCAGUCGUAUCCGUUCCGAUGAGGGUAAACAACACAGGAAAGCCAAACACAGACAACCUGGUCAAAUGUUGCCAACUAUUGAAGACUCUUCUGAGGAGGAAGAAUUACGAGAGGAAGAGGAUCUGCUUAGGGAACAAGAAAAACAGAGGAGCUCAGCUAAAAAAUCCAAAAAAGACAAAGAAGAGAUUCGAGGCCAGAGAAGGCGAGAGCGCUCCAAGACACCACCAAGCAAUCUGUCCCCAAUUGAAGAUGCCUCACCCACCGAAGAACUAAGACAAGAAGCAGAAAUGGAGGAGAUCAGACGAUCGUCCUGCUCGGAUUUCUCCCCUAGUAUUGACUCAGAUCCUGAAGGGUUUGAAAUAUAUGCUGCAAAGAUUGCAGCUGUUCAGAAAACAUAUAAACUGCCUACAUCAGUAUCUCUCCAUUCCCCAACAGAUGAUCAAAAUACUGACAAACAGAAAAAAACUCUUAAAUCUGCUGAUGAGGCUUAUGAGGAAAUCAUACUGAGAGCUAAGUCUCCAACAUUUGACACAGGUGAAAUUCAAUCAGAAAAGGAGUCCCUUUAUGGAGGCAUGCUCAUUGAAGACUAUGCAUAUGCGUCUCUGAUUGACAAUUCAACUGCUGAUUUGGAAGAGCCCGAGAAAAUGAUUGUUCCUGCUCAGCCCAAAAAGCUGAGAUCACCUGAUGAAGUGUAUGAAGACAUGAUAAAAAAGAGGAAGGAAUUCAUGCAGCUAGAGCAAGAAUAUCAAAAUAUGCAGCCCCCACAGAAAAGCAGUAAUCCAGAAAUCGUGUUACAAUCAGCUGAAAGUAUGUUCUCUAAAAGCAGUGAAGUAACCCUUAGCAAAGAUGGAAAACCCCUGUUAGAUGCUGAGGCUGCUUAUGAAGAGCUUAUGAAAAGAGUUCUGACUCCAGGUACAAGUCCAACUCAGCAGGAGGGAGUGGUAGCCAGUGAAUCUAGACUAGCACUCCACCCCAUCCCAGACUUAAAGGUAACACAGUGCUCUUCAGGAGAGGUGUCCUCUGAUGACGAGUACAUAGUUAAAAGGGAGGAGAGCACAACUGCAGAACCAGACAUGACAUCAGCAAAAGAAACUGAACAUGUUACAGUAUUUUCUGAAUCUCCAUCAUCAACAAAUCAGCAACCUCACCCCACAAUCACACAAUCCCAGGUUGAUAUUGUGGACUUAUCUAGUCCUCUCUCAAAAAUGUCAAACCCAGUGAUCGUGAAUGUAUCACCAUUGUCCACAGUCCCCCAGUACACACCCAGUAUUUCAAGUGUAGUGUCAACUGCCCCGCCUGUGCCCCCUAAGCCAAGUGUACUGUGUAGGGCUAAUUCUCAGGAAAAUGCAGAUGUACCAGUUGCACCACCACUGCCUCCUCCCACACCACCAAAACCCACAGUUUUUCCCAGAAAACCCCCAGUUCCACUUCCAUCUCAGGCUUCAGCAGCUCCAAUCGUACCAGAGACAGUGGUCAUGACUUCAGCCCAAGGACCGUCCACGAGACAAGCAGUUAUACCAACAUACAAACCUCAUGUUCCCCCUCCUGUUCCCCCAAAGCCAUCAAUUUCUGCUGGGGGUGGUGAAAGCCACAGGCCAGGACAUGGUGUCAAACCACCAAUUGCACCAAAGCCUGCCUCACAGCCUUCUUCACCUGCCCAUGCCCCACAUUCAUCAAGACCCACUGCACUUCCUACUGGCACUACUACGACUGACAUAGUUCUGAAUCUGGGCCCCUCCUGUGAAAGCAAGCCAUUUCAACCCUCACCAAAGUCUCCUUCUUCUCCAAGGUAUGCCAGCAGUCUCCGUGACACAUAUGUGGUGAUCACACUGCCAUCUCAGCCAAGCUCUCCAGUCGAAGGUAUCUCAACUCAAGCUCCCUCUGGCUUUUACCCAGAAUCCCCUUUACAUCAAACUUUGCCCCAAGGUUAUAAUCUAGCACAGAAUCAACCUCAAUCAUUUCCACAGCCGAAUCCACAAACAACCCUUGCUCAAACAACGAGGGUGCCUCUUGCGUAUACACGAGUCACAGAGUCUAUUGAAAAUCAAGAGAUUUGUAACUCAGACAAACAUAUAUCUAGCUCUUGUCACAUAAUUGAAGCUAUAUCUGCCUCAGCUCAGCCGCCUGUUGUUAUGCCUAACCUCAUCUCUCAAGUAGUCACCACAGAGGUCCAAAGGACAACUGUAUCUGUUGUUCAUGAAAGGACGCCGCCACCACCAGUGCCAGCUCCAAGGGCAAAUGGUAUACCAAUAUCCUUGGAGAAACCUAAGCCCCAACCGCCUGCACAGAAUGGACAGUCACUCCAACCUUCUGAUGUGGUAGAUCUUAGGACUAUGAAAGUGGACCCAGAAUCAAACUUCAAUGGUGUGGACCUGUCCACUGGCCCAGACUCAAGACAUCAGUCCUCUGUGGUUGAUGUCAGUCGUCAGAACAGUGCCGUGCAGUCGCCUGUGGUCAACCUCAGUGCUGACUCAUCUACUGUUUCUAUCGUGACUGAUAGCAUCACCAUUGUGACCUGUUCUGCAACAAUUCAGCAUUGUGACAAUACAGACACCUCUCAAGCAUCUUCAGUUCCCCUUCAGCUGACAAAAAAUAAAGCAUUUGAACCUGUUUCUCAGAUUAUAUACCGGCCAAUUGAUUCUCAGCCCUCCACACAUGUCAGUACAGAGAUCCCCAUUAACCUCACAGUAGGCUCAAGUACAUGUGUAGGAACUUUCCAUACCAAUCCUGUCACAAUUGCACCGACUUGUGUCGCAAGUUGUGUCGCCAAUGGAUUAACAACAGGUGCAGCCACAAUAGCCGGGGCUGUUGACCUUAGCACCACAAAACCAUUCGGCACUAUGGUAUCAGUUGAAGGUUUGUCGGCCGAAGUGGUCACAGCUGUAAUCACAGAUGAUGAUGGAAAGCCAGUGGAUCUCACAGCAGGAAAAAGAGCUGUAUGCUGUGAUGUUGUAUAUAAGCUCCCAUUUGCUGGAAGCUGUGCUACCCAGCAACCUACUACACCUCUGCCAGAAGACCGCUUUGGAUAUCGUGACGACCAUUACCAGUAUGACCGAUCACCGUAUGGAAUGAGAGGGUUUGGUGGAAUUAAACCAUCAAUGUCAGACACUAACCUAGCAGAAGCUGGCCUGUUCUUGUAUAAGAGUAAGAACAGCUAUAAUUUCAAUGGCACCACUGAGGGUGCAGUAGAUCUUACCUCGACAAAGAUAUCUGAUGCAGGUGAAGCUGUUGACUACUCCAAGAAAGGGACUUACGCAGGAAUGACAAUUCCACCCUAUUCUCAAGCUGGAGUUACAAGUGCUGUUGGUACACUCUUUGGUACAAGCAGUGUAUUGAGGUCUUCAAACGGGGUGGUCUAUUCCUCUGUUGCAGCACCAAUACCAUCUACAUAUGCCAUUACCACUCAACCUGGCUCCAUCUUUAGUACAACAUACAACACCCUGUCAGGUAUGCAUACCAGCGACACAAUGCCAUCACUGUCCAACCUCGAGAACUUGCCACUUACACGGUCCCACAGUUUCCUGUCUACUAUCUCCACUGCUGAUACAGAAGAACAAGGAGAUGCCCCACUAAAUCUAGAAAUAUCUAGAGGAGGUACAACUGCUGGCAGUUUGGUCACCAGGGCAACUUCUUUGUCCCUUGACACUUACACUGAUGCAUCCCUAGAGGCUAUAGCUGCUUCACUGGAAGCUCUAUCUUCACCCAUGGUCCCAGGGGAUGGCCAAUAUCAGGCAGAACGUGAGAGGUUAGAGAUGGAGAAACUCAAGCAACAAUGCCUGGCAGAGGAAUUAGAGAGGGAGCGCCAGGAGAUUCAGCGUUUUCGUGAGCAAGAACAGUUCCUGGUACAAAAAGAAUUGGAGGAGCUGCAGGCCAUGAAGCAGCACAUUUUGACUCAACAGGAAGAAGAAAGACAGGCUCAUCUCAUGAUGCAAAAAGAAACAUAUGCCCAACAACAACAGCAGCUUGAACAAAUUCAAAGACUACAAGAGCAAUUACGUUUACAAUUGGAAGAGCAAAAGUUUCAUCAGUUGUACCCAGCUGGGGACAUACAAGGGCAUGGCUUUCAGGAGGCACUUGUCCUAGGACCUGAUGGCACAGUGCUGUCCAGAAAAAUCACAGACAGUGGUUGCCAGACAGAUGAAGAGGAUGAUACAGUGAGCAAAGCCUAUGCAGCAGGAAGGAAAAAGAAAAGCGCUAAAAAGAGUGUUGACAGUUGUGUGCAAACGGAUGAUGAGGAUCAAGAAGAGUGGGAAGCUCAGACCAGAAGUCGACAAAGCAGGCCGCGAACGGCCAGGGGUGAUAGGGGAGGGCAGUCAGAGAUGUCUCUUCAAGCCCAUACUGAAAUAUCUAUUCAAACAGAUACAGAGGGCAAUAUUAGAAUGGACACCAGGAUGGAACUGUCUGACUCUGAAAGGACCUCACCAAAGAAACGCCCUUCACCGUUAGAUAUAGGCCAGUCUCCUAACCUCAAUGUUGAUUCCUCUUCUCUUCAUGCCCCUCUUAAAUCUCCAAAAGUACUCUAUUCCCCUGUAUCCCCAUGUUUAUCCCCUAGCAAAUCCCUCGACUUUGUUUCAUGUGAGAAAUCACUGAGUGAUACGAGCCCACAAAAGCUAAGAGGAGGUGCAGAGACAUUGAAAGCCUCUCCAGGGAGUCCUAGGGGGCCCAAAACAAUGCAGAGAUCCAUGUCUGAUCCAAAGCCAAUGAGUCCAACAGGAGAAGAAAAUGCAAUAUCUGGCACCCAGUGUGGUGAUGGCUUCACUGGCAAAGGCUCUGGUGGCACACCAACAGGCACUCAAAAGAAGGUGAAGAGGACUCUCCCCAAUCCACCAUCAGAGGAUGAGUCAACAACCACUGGCCAGACGGCAUACAGCACUGGUUCUGCCCGCCGAAGAAUGUGCCGCAACUCCAACAUGGCACGUGCAAAGAUCCUUCAAGACAUUGAUCGGGAACUAAAUAUGGUGGAGCGCGAGUCUUCCAAGCUCCGCAAAAGGCAGGCAGAGCUAGACGAGGAGGAGAAAGAGAUUGAUGCCAAGCUCAGGUAUUUGGAGAUGGGCAUCAAUCGCAGGAAAGAUGCACUGCUGAAAGAGAGAGAGAAAAGAGAAAGGGCGUAUUUACAGAGUGUUGCUGAAGACAGAGAUUACAUGUCGGACAGUGAAGUUAGUAACAUCAGAGAGGCUAGAGGUGGGCGUGGAGGUGGUGAAGAUGAGGAGAUUGAAAGCCACGGUCUGGAAAGGCCCAGGACAGCUCCUCAGACAGAUUUGGAUGACUUUGUUCCACCUCAAACCAAGCACGAGUAUGGAAAAUACUCCCAGUAUCAAUACCCUCAAAGCCAGUACCAGACUCUUUACCAGACUCCCCAGUCCUACCAGUCUCAUUCCAUCUAUUCCUCUGUCCCCUCACUCACUAGUUCCCAGCAGCAGAGUUAUCAUCAAAUGCUGCUGUUGCAGCAAAAAGCUGCCAGGCAAGCAGCCCUCCUCUCAGAGCUGGAAUCAACAAAAUAUGAAGUCAUUAGUCGCCAACCUGAUGCCACAUCAUCAGCUUACUUGGGAGUAAAGUAUGACAAAUAUGGCAACCAUCUUGAUCUCAGAGCCUUGGAUGUUGGAAGUAUAGCAAGUAGCCCCAUGUCAGCUGUCUCUGAUUCCUAUUACACAGAUGUAGAUCAUCACACACCUCGGAGUUAUAUGCUGUUGGAGGAUGCCGCAGAGCUAGCUAAGAGUUCAACAGGUCUGUCUUCAUCAUAUAGUCUGGCUGAGAGGGAGCUAGCUAAGGCAGAGAAGCUGCUGCGAAGGAGUGCUGCAGAUUUGGGGUCGACUGAUUAUCUGGGAUCCAACUCCAGACUCCAUACUUAUGGAAAGACCCCUGAUGAAGAGGAUACAAUGGAGGAACCAUAUGAACUGAAACUGCUAAAGCAGCAGCUCAAACAAGAGUUUAGGAGAAGUACGGGCGGGACAGAAAACUUAGAACAACUGACAGGUCUGUCCCAGCACUACUAUACCCCAAGCACUGGCAUCUCCAGUUACUCUCAAAGGCAAUAUCCAAAGCUGGAAAAGUAUAGCAUCAGUCGACUUACUCUUGAGAAGCAAGCUGCUAAACAACUCCCAGCAUCUAUGUUGUACCAAAAGCAAAAGACUCCACUCUUAGAACCCAAAAUAUCCUCCAAGUACUCCUCCAUUACAGACAGCAGAGGUCUGGAAACAGACUAUACAAGUUAUCUGGGGCCUACCAGUGCAUCUCCAAGAUCCAGUCGGCUUAUGCAGGAUGAGAUUACCUUUGGUCUCCGUAAGAAUAUUGCUGAGCAGCAAAAAUAUCUUGGGUCAACCUUGGGUGCCAACUUGGCUGGAUCACUUAAUUUGGGCCAGAGCUUGGGUUUGGACUCCGCUUAUCCCAGUGGUAGUCGCUCAAGACCCGCGUCAAGGCCUACGUCUUGCUACGGCUUGGACUUGUCUCUCAAAAGGGACCCUUCCAGCUCUUCACUGAGGCUUAAAGGGGAUGGAGAAUCAUCAGGAGAUGUACCAAGUUUUCAAACACCUUCUGGUCGCACCAAACCCACAAGCCUUCCUAUUGUGCAAAGCGGACGUGGCCGAAUACCCAUCGUGGCCCAGAACUCAGAGGAAGAGAGUCCCUUGAGCCCUGUUGGUCAACCUAUGGGCAUGGCCCGUGCAUCAGCAGGACCUCUGCCACCCAUCUCAGCUGAUUCAAGGGACCAGUUUGGGUCUUGCCUGUCUCUGCAGGACUCCCAGCAACAGCAGCAUAUUAGGGAGGAGCCAACAAGGGGUAGGGGUUAUGUACUUCUGGAUGAUCUUCAGGGCAACAUGUCAGAUAGCGAAGCCCUAAGUGAUUCCCUGAUGGCUUUGAACAGAGAUGAUGCAACCCAUGCCUACCACCUUAGACGAGAAGAGACGGACUGGUUCGACAAACCAAGGAAUGGACGCGUGGAGAACGGACAAGACAAGAGACAGGGAAAAGUCCCACACUACCCCUUCCCUCACCUCAGGGUCAAACUGCAGAGGGAUCCCAAAGACCGCAGUGUCUCAGGAAAUGGUCUGGGAAUCCGUGUGGUCGGAGGGAAAGAGGUCCCCGGCAGUAACGGAGCCAUUGGAGCAUAUGUUGCCAAAGUCCUACCUGGUGGAGCUGCAGAACAAACAGGAAAGAUUCUUGAAGGAAUGCAAGUCCUGGAGUGGAAUGGUGUUCUGCUGACAGGGAAAACGUAUGAAGAAGUGCAGGGGCUUGUUGGACAGCCGUGUAAUGAAGCGGAAUUGUGUGUCCGACUGGAUCUCAACAUGCUUGCCGAGUCUGAGGGUUCCCAGCAGCUGGAUUACCAGGACCACAGCAAAAGUGACAGACCGCCCAGGUCUCCCGGCGUUGAUCCUAAGCAGCUGGCGGCGGAGCUGCAGAAAGUGUCACAGCAGCAGGCUCCCACGUCCACCUCCUCCUCAGGUCAGGUAACCACCUCCGCCACCUCCAGUCCCGCUCAGCCCGGAUCACCGUCCGUCAGCAAGAAACGCCACAGCAGCAAGACUGCAGAGGGAACAAAGACUCCAUCCCACCCCAUCUCUGGAGAGAUACAGCUUCAAAUCCACUAUGACAAGCAACUUGGAAACCUGAUCGUUCACGUCCUUCAGGCCAGAAAUCUCGCCCCGCGGGACAACAACGGCUACUCUGACCCAUUUGUUAAAGUGUAUCUCCUGCCAGGGAGGGGUCAGGUCAUGGUUGUCCAGAAUGCCAGUGCUGAGAACAAGAGGAGGUCCAAGCACGCGGGCAAGAGUCUCAACCCCGAGUGGAACCAGACUGUCAUCUAUAAGAACAUCCAUCUGGAACAGCUGAGGAAGAAGACGCUGGAGGUGAGCGUGUGGGACUACGACAAGUGCUCUUCUAAUGAUUUCUUAGGCGAGGUCCUUAUCGAUCUGUCCAACACGACCCAGCUGGACAACACGCCGCGGUGGCUACCACUGAAGGAGCAGAGCGAGGGCGACCACCACCGGCGCUCCCACUCGAGCCAGGGCCGCCACGGCUCCUCCAAACCGCCGUCGCAGCACUCCUCCCCCAAAACCACCGGCUCCUCUCACCAGGACAACCAGGAUUCCCCGAAGUCGUCCGUCAUCAAGAGUCGAAGCCACGGUGUUUUUCCAGAUCCAGCGAAGGACAUGCAGGUGCCCACUAUCGAGAAAUCUCACAGUAGCCCCGGCACAACGAAGCCUUCCCUGUCCGAGGGCCAGAGCCACAGCCACGGACACGGCCAGCACUCGCGCUCGCACGGCGCUUCGCGCUCCGGCAAAAGCGCAGCGCUGCAGCAACACCGCCAGGACGGCGGCACUGGAAGCGGCGGAGGCGCUGCCAUAGCGACGGGCGAUGCCCCACAGCAGUCACAGCCGCCGCAACGCCUCCAACCAAGCCAAAGAGGCCGCAUCUCACUGACGCACCAGAGACACAGCGUUGUGGGUGUGCUCACCAUUCAGAGAGCCCAGCCCGAUUGGCUGCCGGCGCUGCCAUCAGCCGCGUCGGCCAAUGGGAGCCGUUCAGACGGCAGACACCUGACCCUCAGGAAAGCCGUGUCAGAAGAGAGGCCGCAGAGCACCGGAGCUCGUUCAGGCUACAGAUCCGGCGACGUCCCCGUCACCGCGGCCUCGUUGGACAGCGGGCUGAGCGGCAGCGCCUACAGCUUGUUGGACGAAGACGCAGACAUGAACGAAGUGGACAGUGCCAUCUUCCAGGUGCCCCGAUUUGGAAAGAUUCCCAACGGCACUGACGUUAUGAAAUCAUCAGUGGGACACAGUGACGCUGAAGGUAAAUCUCAGAUCAUGGGUGAGAUAAAGAUCGCUCUGAAGAAAGAGGUGAAGACGGAGGGUGAGCACCUGGUCCUUGAGAUUCUGCAGUGUCGCAACAUCACCUACAAGUUCAAGACUCCAGACCACCUGCCCGAUCUGUAUGUGAAGCUCUACGUGGUGAAUAUCGCCACCCAGAAAAGAAUCAUCAAGAAAAAGACCAGAGUGUGUCGACACGACCGCGAACCGUCCUUCAACGAGACCUUCCGCUUCUGUAUGAACCCCACUGGACACGCUCUUCAGCUGUUCCUGGUUUCCAACGGUGGCAAGUUCAUGAAGAAGACGCUGAUCGGUGAAGCCUAUGUUUGGCUGGACAAGGUGGACCUUCGUAAGCGAGUGGUGAGCUGGCACAAGCUGCUCGCCAGCACCGCCCAGAUCCAUUCGUAGACGACGACGACGACGACGAAGAAGAAGACGUUGAACAUUUGUGGUGAAGGCUGCGUGAAGUUCACGCCGGAGCAGAAAAAUGUGUCUUUAUUCAAAUCUUUGUUUCAGGCAUUGAGCAGCUUUUGAAGGUGAAAACAAAACGACACAAACAGAGAGCUGUGGUGGUGGUGAUGGUGAUGAUGAUACAGAUGAUACAGAGUUCAUGAGUUCACAGGACAUGAACACAUGACGUUUACAGUGAACGGACGUCAGAGCGCGACGAGCGGGGCGAGGCGUUCAGAGGUUACGUGCGGAAUCAACCAGGUAUUAACACACUUUUUAAUCCACACACACACACACACACACACACACACGGUUAUUUACACCUUUUUGCACAUCAUCGUCGUCAUCAUCGCUCGCGCAGCAGAUUAAUUAUUUACUUGGAAAACAAGUUUUAAUUUUGAUUUUCUCAUUGCUUUAUUAUGACCUGCAGAGUUUUAUUCGUUUAUUGGAGAAUGAAAUAUUUAAAAAAAAAAAAAAAAAAAAGACCUCUUAUUUAUUUUUAUAUUACGAUAUUAGUACAGAGUUCUAUCAGUUGUCUUAUCCUGGAUUAUUUAAAAACAAUGCUGGCAUAGUAUAUUUAAAAAAAAAAACAUACACUGACUACCAUUCCAGUGCAAGAGGGAAACAGAGAGCAUGUUUUAACCCCCCUUUGUUUUGUUUUGACCAUAAAUUCUAUCAAAUUAUUGUCUCUACGUAUUGUGCGCAUGACUCUGUGUGUUUGGAAUGCAGUGCACAAAGUGUCCUAGCUGGAAAUGAACUAUAACACACGUGUAUAUAGAUAUAGAUAUAGAUAGAUAUCUUUAUCAAUGACAAUCCAGUCUUACCGAUUACGUGACAUAGAGGAUUUUAUUUAUUCACGCCCCCUAGAUUGUAAAACACUUAUUUAUUUAUUGAUUGAUUUAUGAGAUCUAAAAAGCACAUGAUCAUGUCUUUUAUUGUUCGUCCGGAGCGGUCGACUCAGUGUUGCACGCGUUUCUCGUUGUAUUUUUUGCACUUUUUUUGUCCUUGCCUAGAAUGUACAGUAUGAGCGUCGUUGUCGUCAUCGUCCUGCUACAAAAAUAAAGAAAUAAAUACAUUUCAAGGUGAUGAAUUAGAGAGUUAUACAGUUAAAAAAAACAAAAAACAAAACCCUCUUUGGUGUUUUUUAUGUCCAAAAAUUUACAAAAUCCUUCCCGAGUGUUGAGCAGCGGGAAACAUCUGCGUCAGUAAACUCUCUCAAACUAAAUUGGGUGAUUUCUAUGCAACGCAUGAAGACGGAAACUGCGUCCGUGAGACACUCUGGGGAGAGACGAGGACGUACUGUAACGUAUGUAUUGACUUUCCUUUUGCACUGGCGUGUAAACGGUUUUUAUUUAUUUAUUCAUGUAUGUAUUUAUUUAUUAAUUGUGUCGCCCAUGAGAGACUAUUUCACAUGUUUAAAAAAAAAUAUAUAUAUAUAUUAUAUUUGUUUACAGUACACAUCAGGUUUUUUUGGUUUCUAUAACACAAUGUAGUGCUUGUUUACAAAGUUUAGAGGGCCUAAAAACUCAGAGAACCGACACUUAGCAACGAAACUACCAAAAUAAAACACUGUAAUCAUGGGACGUUGCACCCGAAAUAAUAGUAGGUUUGAGGUCAGUAUGUGUUAUUUUCCUUUCUCUCUCUCUUUUUCAUUUUUUAUAUCCACGCCAAGUUCACGCAUGUCACCUUUUUGACACUUAAGUGAGUAAGAAACACUUAACUUUAAGAAUCUCACACACACACACACACACACACACUUACACAUACAGACACACCAUCUCUCUAUUUCAAACCUUGUAAAUACAUAACUUUUUAUACCGGGGGGUUCGGGGAGCAAUAGGUCUUUUAGCAGACGAUUUAAAAAUAAAAUUAAAAAAAAAGAGGCGUGUGAUCAUAGAAGUAACCGGACGUUGUAUUUCUCUGGAUUGUUGUACAGUGGAUAGACUGAGAAACGGCCGUACGUCUGUCUCUAGGGACCCACUUUAACCCAACCCUUUACACCAAACACUAAAGGUUUACCAGAGUCUUAACGACACACACACACACACACACACACACACACACAGCUCUUAUCUUAACAGCUCAAGUAGUUGCAGGAGAAUUUAAAUGUGCUCACACUGGAUGUUGCAUGUUUCGUCGGUGGUUCAUACUAUUUUUGUGUCCAGAUAUUACUAAAGAUUAAGAAAAAAAGAAAAACAACAACAACAGAGAGAGAGAGAGAUAGAACAAAAAUGUUACAGAGGGAAGGAAAAACAUAUUUAAAUUAUCCAUGAUGUAUGCUGACUGUACAAAGAUUAUUGCUUGUAAAACCUGGUCUGGUUUUUCCACUUGUAAGUAAACUUGGGGGGGGGAAAAAGGACAAAAAAAAAAUCUAAUGUCAUGGUUUCGUGAUUGUAUACAGGAGGUAUUGAUAAAUUAUGCAAAUUGUGCUGUAAAAAUGGCUGUUGCCCCAUGUCUAAAUAUUAAAUAUCAGUACAAAUGAA